GCGGAGUGAUUACAAAGGACACUCCGACGCUCCUCCUCUUUCCUCACGGAGCCAACUCUUUGUCAAACCUUGUUCUGCCACUUUUCCUGAGACAGGAGCCUUGUUGUGUCGGCGGAAAUCAACAUGGCAGACGUUUCCGUCCAGUCCGACAGAAGAAGCCGCGGAAUUGUGAUUAAAGAUGAUUGGCCAGGAUAUUGUUUAGACCUCUUCAGCUAUCCAGCUCACUACUCCGGAGAUUUAGACUGUGUCAUCAUUCCACAUGGCGUGAUUAUGGACAGGACAGAACGUCUUGCUCGAAACAUCAUGGACGACCUGGGGGACCAUGACAUUGUGGUGUUGUGCGUGCUGAAAGGAGGCUACCAGUUCUGUGCUGACUUGGUAGACAGGAUCAAGGCACUAAGCUGCAACUCCAACCGCACAAUCCCCAUGAGGGUCCACUUCAUCCGUCUGAGGAGCUACCUGAAUGACCAGUCCACAGAGGAUCUUCACAUACUUGGAGAGGAAGACCUGUCUUUUUUAGCUGAAAAGAACGUUCUGAUUGUGGAGGCUGUCGUCGGUACCGGGAACACAAUAAAAACUCUCCUGAAGUAUGUUGAAGCAUUCAGGCCCAAAAUGAUCAAAGUAGCAGGAUUGCUGGUGAAGAGAGUGUCACGUAACUCAGCCUGUCUUCCCGACUAUGUCGGCUUUGAGAUACCCAAUUAUUUUGUGGUUGGCUAUGCCUUAGACUACAAUGAGUAUUUCAGAGACCUCAAUCAUAUCUGUGUGAUCAGCGAAAGUGGGAAGAUGAAAUACAAGAUUUGAAAACUGCAAAAGAGAUGAUUGUCAGGGAGAUGGCAUCUAACAGCGAGCCUGAGCAUUUCCAUUGAGCUGCUAUUGUGAUUUUUGAUGUCAAGCAUCUCUGUUUUGUUACAGAAUUCAUUCUAUGAAAUGUUUGUUUUAACAAUAGACACUGACACUUAACUGAUUUCAGCAAAAUAGCUAUGUUUUAAUAUCGGAACAAUGUUCUUCAUGUUUACAAAAAUGUUUAAUGCUGGACUUCUACUACCAUUUGCCUUUGUUGCUUUAACACAAGUGCCAUCUCAUUUUGAUAUCUUCUUGAAUGCGGUGUGAAGAACUUGAUCAUUACAAACUGUAUGAAUGUGAUAGCUUUUUAGUCACUGUGCGAUGAGAUAACAAAGGAAACUCGUAAAUCUGCUUCUUUUAAAAUAAAAGAUAGCUACACUGUGAUUAUUCAGAAAUUUGUAACAGUGAGUGAUUAAAAUGUUACGUUUUCUUCACUUGUACAUUGGUGUUUUGAUUUUUCAUUAGCUUGUUCAGCUGCUGUCGUUUUUAGUGUGGAGGGCAAGUAAAGUAUUUUUGUGAACAUUAAGUGUACCCCUUUGUGGUUUUUCAUUAUUUCAGAUGUAGUGGGGUACUGUUAUUUUGCCACUUCCUUUUAACAUUUCUUUGUUCUAUAAGCAUUAUUGAUCACUUAUUAAACUGCCAAACUUUUUUAUAUCUGUUUUAUGAUUGCAUCUGUCUGAUGUAAAUGCCAAAG